AUGUGUCAGAACUUCUUCACUGACAGCUGUGCUGCUCAUGGGCCCCCAAGGUUUGUAAAGGACAGUGCAGUGGACAAGGGGCAUCCCAACCAUUCAGCCCUCAGUCUGCCCCCGGGGCUGAGAAUUGGGCCAUCAGGCAUCCCUCAGGCUGGGCUUGGAUUAUGGAAUGAGGAAUCUGAUCUGCCACUGGGUCUGCACUUUGGCCCCUAUGAGGGCCGAAUUACAGAAGAUGAAGAGGCAGCCAACAAUGGAUAUUCCUGGCUAAUCACCAAGGGGAGAAACUGCUAUGAGUAUGUGGAUGGAAAAGAUAAAUCCUAGGCCAACUGGAUGAGGUAUGUGAACUGUGCCUGGGAUGAUGAAGAGCAGAACCUGGUGGCCUUCCAGUACCACAGGCAGAUCUUCUAUAGAACCUGCCAAGUCAUUAGGCCAGGCUGUGAACUGCUGGUCUGGUAUGGGGAUGAGUACGGCCAGGAACUGGGCAUCAAGUGGGGCAGCAAGUGGAAGAAAGAGCUCAUGGCAGAGAGAGAACCAAAGCCAGAGAUCCAUUCAUGUCCCUCAUGCUGUCUGGUGUUUACAAGUCAGAGAUUUCUCAGUCAACAUGUGGAAUGCAAUCACUCCUCUCAGAACUUCCCAGGGCCAUCUGCAAGAAAACUCCUCCCACAAGAGAAUCCCUGCCCAGGGGAUCAGAAUCAGGAGCAGCAAUAUUCUGAUUCACGCAGCUGUAAUGACAAAACCAAAGGUCAAGAAAUCAAAGAAAGGUCCAACGCGAAUAAAAGGAUAUGGCAGAGGGAGAUUUCAAGGGCCUUUUCUAGCCUACCCAAAGGACAAAUGGGGAGCUCUAGAGUGGGAGAAAGAAUGAUGGAAGAAGAGUCCAGAACAGGCCAGAAAGUGAAUCCAGGGAACACAGGCAAAUUAUUUGUGGGGGUAGGAAUCUCAAGAAUUGCAAAAGUCAAAUAUGGAGAGUGUGGGCAAGGUUUCAGUGAUAAGUCAGAUGUUAUCGCACACCAAGGGACACACACGGGGGGGAAAGGGAAGAAGCCUUAUGUCUGCAGGGAGUGUGGACAGGGCUUUAGCCAGAAGUCAGACCUCCUCAUUCACCAGAGGACACACACAGGGGAGAAGCCUUAUGUCCGCAGAGAGUGUGGACGGGGCUUUAGCCAGAAGUCAAACCUCCUCAGUCACCAGAGGACACACAGGGGAGAAGCCCUAGUCUGCAGGAAGGAUGAGUAA